UCAUUGUCUAGUACAUUCAGUUCUAAUGCAAAGCUCUCAGGACACAUACUGGACCUUCUCCUGGACCACUUCACUAAGCAUUAUUAUGAAGAUGAUGAAGAUCUACUCCCACCACUCAAACUCUCCUCCUGUAUGGCAAGGAAUGAAAGCAGUGACACUUAUAUCAAGAGAGAGCCAUUGUCAGACUUAUUGAACUGCUUGCAGCUUUGUACUAAACAGUCCAUUGAAUGGGAGGAGAAGGGGGUGGAGCAAGUCAGUCAUCUCGAGAGAUUAAAGAAAAUCUUGCGGUCAAUCUCAAGGCGUCUCUCCACGUGUGAUCUUGAUGAUUUUGAACUAGAUAAAUCGGGAGAUUACCUAAUGACAACAAGUGUUGGCUCCAAGAAUCAUUUAACAGCUGCUCUGCUACUGGAGAUAUAUGAGGUAGCACUGGAUUAUACUUUCAGUAUUGAAGGAAUCAGUGAUGCUUCCUGUAACCUGUUGCUCGAUUUAUUUGUCAAGCACCAGUCGGUCCUUGAUGUACUGACAGAGAAAGGAGGUUCCGCUGGUAAGAAGAAUCUCAUGAGAAGGAGACUGCUAUCAUCAUCAACCACCUUACUGUUCUUAAAAUCACUCUUCAG